AUGAGAGCUAAACUGGAGAUCCUUGCCCUGGUGCUGGGCGCCAUCGGUCUGGUAGGGACCAUCGCAGUGACCGCGCUGCCCAUGUGGAAGGUCACGGCAUUUAUUGGGCCCAACCUCAUCAUCAUGGAGGCGCAGUGGGAGGGGUUAUGGAUGGCGUGCAUACGGCAGGCGGACAUCAGAAUGCAGUGCAAGGUCUACGACUCGCUGCUCAUCCUGCCGGGAGACAUCCAGGCGGCCCGUGGGCUCAUGUGCGUCUCCAUAGUGCUCGCCGUUCUAGCCGUCCUGGUGUCCGUCUGUGGGAUGAGGGGCACAGACUGCUAUCAAGAGGACAGCAGGGGUAAGAAUGUGAUCCUGCUGGUGGGCGGCUGCCUGUUCGUCGCCUCCGGCCUCGCCACUCUCAUUCCCGUCUCCUGGUCAACUCAUACCAUCAUCCGAGACUUUUACAACCCCCUGGUGCUGGAGUCGCAAAAGCGAGAGAUCGGACAGGCGCUUUAUGUGGGCUUCGCUACGUUCUUGGUCCUCCUGGUUGCUGGGGUGAUACUGCUGUGCCGUUACGCCCCCCGUCAGAGGAAGGACGAGGAGGAUGGGCCGUAUGUCCCAGUGGAAAAGGACAAAAUGAGCAUGUUGGAACGGACACCCUCUUCUAACUCUUACUGGAGGAGUCAGUACGUCUGACCGAGAUAAAUGACUUCAUUCAGUACAGUUGUUUAUUUAUGUGUUUAAUCUUUUAUUUUUAUUUCUUUCAAGUCUUGUAUGUGUCUUUGUUCUUUGUUCCCGUCUUGGCCAGAUGAAUCUUGGAAAAUCUCAGUGUGUUGAAUUCUGGUUAAUUAGAUUAAAUGUUACUCACUAACUAACUAAAUGCAAGUGAUUGUAUAUUAUAUUUUAAUACAUUUAGGGUUGAAUUGAUUUAUUGUAGUUCUGUUCUUGUAAGGAAAAACUGAAACUAACUUGUGCAUCCACUAACGUAUGAUUUACCUUUAGCUAUUUUUAAGCUAAAUAAUUAAAUUAUGAAAUGAGACUAAACAAGCUGUCAUGGUAAUCAUCAAAAACUCAUUAUUUGCAACAAAAGAAAUGUUUUUGCUUUUUAUGAUCAAAUAUUACAUUAAUUAUAUGUAUAAAUAAAUAUUAUACUAUAAAAUAUUAUAGUAAUUGAUUUUUUUGUAGUUCUGUCCUUGUAAGGAAACACUGAAAUUAACUUGUUCAUCCAUUGAUUUACCCACUUUUAAACUUUUAUAUCUGAAUUAUUCAAUUAUGAAUGAGACUGAACUAGCUGUCAUGGUGAUCAUUUUAUAUAUAUAUGUGUGUGUGUUUUUUAUUUUAUGAUCAAUUAUUUUAUAUUAUAAAUAUUAUUUAUUAUCUAUUAUUUAUACUUAAAUUCUGUACUAUUAAAUAUAAUAAUUAUACUAUUGUAAUUGUAAGAUUGUAUUGUAAUAUUAAAUAUGCUAGUUAAAAUUAAGUGAUAUUAAAGGAUCAUUUAAACACAAAA